AUGCAGGCGCUCGUGGCGUUUGCGGAGCGCCAUUGGCGCGUGGCCGUGCGGCUGUACCGCGUUUGUGCGGAGGAGUCGCCGGUCAGUGGCGCCGUGGCGGAAGUCUUGGUGAGGACGGCGCCCGUAGUUGCGCCUGCUGGCGCUUUGAAGGGGCUUCGCGCAUGGUGCGAGGCGACGUGGGGGGAGGAUGGCAUUCGCGUAGUGGAAGCUUUACUGGGGAAAUGCAAAAAUGAGGAAGACGCAGCGCGCCUUGUGGUGUUGGCGCUGGAAAAGAAUGUAGUCGGUUUGGAGAAGAGUGUGCGGUUUGGGAAAUUGCUCUUCACCGUUGUGCGUGACCUGCCUGGUGUAGCUGACAACUUCAGAGAACAAAUGGAGUCCAUUUGCUCACGCUCAAAUGUCUUUCUUGCUAAACGCGCACUCACAGUACUGCGUGCCAAGGCAUCCAAGCCGUGA